CGAACAGUGAUGUGGUUAACUUGUGGGAAAAUAAAGAUAAUGAAAUGGAUUAUUUUUAUUCUACUUAUGAUAAUAAAUUUAGAUAUUCUUUUAAAAAUAACUUACAGUCGACAACUGGUACGUGAAAUCCUAGUCGAGUUAUUUUUUUUAUCACAAAUUAUUGUAGAAUAAAAAUUCAAAUAUACAACUCCGGGAUUUCACGGAAACAACAGCAACACAGACUUUGCCACAAACGGUCAUGGAGAAUAGUGAAUUCUGUACAAAUCUUACAGAAGACAAAGAUAUAAUCAUGGAUCUUUUCGAAAAGAUUGAAAUAUCCGUACUAUGCGACUACUUAAAAAAUGAAGUCAGUGCGAAAAAAAUGAUUUUAUUAAAUAUCAGUGUCUCAGACAGCACACUAUAUGUUCGUGUUCGAUUGCACAUCGAAAAAGGUGAUUGUACAAAUCAAACUAUUUUCACCAAGUGAGAUUCUUUACGAAUGUUUGAAAAAUAAAACUUAUGUGAAAUCAUGUUUACCAGAAACUUCAUUCACUUUAACAAAUGAUUUUCAAAUAGUUAGAAGUAAUAAGCAGAAAUUUCCUGAAUACAAUUUCCACAUUGAUCACUAUUCAAUAAAAAAGCAUACGUGUAGACUUAUAUGAAUUUAUAGUUCUUACGUGACUUUUGGAUUGGCAUAAAUCGUUAUCACAGUCUCAGUCGUUAACAGUGAGCCAUUUAAGGUGCGACUGACCUCUUGCAGCACAGAGAUAUUUACAAUUGACUAACCACUUAGUUGGUGACCAGUGUGUAAUGCUUGUCUCGAUUGGAUUCUGUCGAUCAAUUUAUUUAUUACGUCGAUGAUCAUACUAGAUGAUUUAUCAGUUAUUAUAUCAUUUCGAAACUUCAGAUAUCUUGAUAGAUCAUGGCAUAUGCAUGUGAACAAACUCUGUGUUCUUUAAUUCAUAUCAACAACAUAUUCGGAUACAUGUUUUAUUGAUAUUGAAAUAUGAGAAGGAUACAUUGAAUACUUCAUUUGCAAAACUCUAUCAUUUGUCCUUCAAAUUCUUACAAGUUACAAUUCUCUUCUACUUCAAGUCGACCUUCAUAGCCUUCUGCUAACAUGCAUUUCUCUUUCGAUUGGUGUUACAUACUACUUAUGUCUGUCAACAUAAUUAGCAUACACCACAGUAUGAGAUGGGUAAAUUACAGUGUAGGUCUUGGAGUGAAUAAACUACGUUAUACAAUUGAUUCAUUUAUUUAUAAACAGUUACAUCUAAAUGAAGUGUAUGAGAAAGUUGAACAAACAAAUUAUACUGCAGUCAGUUCUAUGAAAUCUGUUAACUUUAAUAUUAUACGCUCAUUACCGAAUAUUUUAAUUGAUAAAUACUUAUUGAAAGUAUGCAUCAUGGAACAGAACUGUCUUCAUUGGAUAGACAGAUCUAGACCAUGUGGAUUACAAGACGUUCGCAAUAUAUUUAGACCGAAAGAUUAUCCAUUAAUAAGUGGAUGGGAUGAAUCAGGUGGUUGGUCAUUGUUUCAGUCGUUUAUUGAAACACUCUCUGAUGGAAACUGUUCACCUUCCCGAAAUAAGAACGGCAAAGGAUUGCAGAUUAUACAUUCUGCGUGGUUUAUCCCUUGUAAGAGUUGUAAUCAUACAUCAAAUGAAACAAAUUGCGACUGGUCAAACGCACUAUGGUAUGAACCUAAUGAUCCAAUCUAUCUCUGUUUAUACAAUAAAAGAAGUAUUCAAAAUGAUAAAAGUCUAAUAACAACCUACGUAAGAAACCGUGUACUUCUUUUUUUGGGCGAUUCAACUUUACGCGGUUUAAUGUAUUCCUUACUGUAUCGUGUAAACAAAACACUAUCCCAUGUUCAAGAAACACAUGGACAAAUAACGCUGAUUAACAGUGCAACAAUAACUACACGAUUUACUUAUUUUCCAGAUUAUUCAAUAAAAUCACAAUUUAAUAAUAAAAAUAAAAUAAAGUCAUUCAACAGUUUAUUAAAAUCACUUUUUAUGUUUAACCAAACAUUCAAUGAAGCUUUGUUGUUCGUGGGUGGUGUACGAUGGCUAAAUUCGUAUCAUUUAAAGGCAAUACAAGUAUUUAUCGAUAAACAAAAGGUAUUUCGUUCCGUCAAAGUGUAUAUCAAAGAUUAUUCUGCUGGUUUUCACACACCUGUUGAUGGAUUACCGUUUGUUAACUGGUCGAGAAGAAUGCAUGAACAUAGAAGGAAUCAAGAACUAAUCAGAUUGAUAAACGAAUAUAACUGGUCAAUUAUUUCAACACACCAAAUCACUUGGACAAGACUUAAUCAUUUUCAUGCUUAUGCAAGAUGUUCAUGUCAUUUUUAUCACGUUAUAAAACAAAAUGCACAAUCAAAUGUUGCAAUAAACAAAUAUCAACAUACUAUCAACAAUAAUGGUGAAGAUCAUAAUACAUUUGUCUAUCAUAUUAUUGGACAAAUUCAGUGGAUUAUGUCAAGAAUCGUUGAGACAACAAUUAUAAAUAAUAUUUAUUAAUAUUGUUGUUUCUACAACAUAAUUAUGGUUUUAUUUUUUAGUUUGUUUACUUACUAAGUAGCAAUCAAUAUUCAUAUCUCAUAGUUUACUUCACAAACUGAUUUUAGUUAGGUAACCACCGUAAACCAGAAAACACUGAACAGUUGUUCAUGAAUCGACUGAAGUUGGAAAUGUAAACCAAUGAAUAAUGACUAGAAGCCCAUUGUGUCACU